AUGCAAAUUAUAAAGGUCUUCAAUAAAUCUUAUGAUGCACCAUUUGGAAUACUUAAUUCCAAAUUCAUAACUAAAAACGGAAGGAAAAUUACACUAAUCCUAUCUGGUUCAAAACUAUAUCGAAUUGCAAACUUUUCUUAUUAAGUAAGUCUGAAAAGGGUUUAAAAAUGGCUUCUCUAAGUAGUUAUCUGCGCUUCUAAAUUAAGUCAAACAAAUUGCAAAACUAUCUUAUGUUUGAAACAGACAUUUUACAUUAAAUAUGAAAAAAUAUUAUUUAUGAAUUAUAAAAAAUAUUUUAUAUUAAUUAAUAAAUUUAAUACAUUGUACAUAAACCUAUAGAGUAAUAGUUUAUGGAUUUAUCAGGGGUGUGGGAAAUAUUUCUAAAAUAGAAAUUACCACUUAUAUGAUUACUAAAAAUAUUAUGAAAUUGAAAAAUUAAUUGGAAGUGGUAGUUUUGCUAGUGUUUACAUUGGAAAAUCAAAGGCUGAUGGUACCAAAGUAGCAAUUAAGACAUUCCUUAAAAAAAAUGCUCAUUUUAUCAAGAUCCAACUUAAUGGAGAGUAAUAAAUAAAUUAAUCAUAGGUAUAAAAUGAUAAUGAAGUUAAAGUCAUGAAAU